GGGAUGGAGAAGGGAAAUCAAUGCCAGACAAGAGACAGUCACGUCCCCGAAGAGGGCGCAAGCCUGAGCUGAUUGGAGAUGACAAGCUUCCAAGGUUGCCGAUUGCUCUGACGAUCGACAUCAACAAGGUUGCCCUUGUGAGGAAGGGAGGCAAAACGAUUCGAUUUGCAGCACUUGUCAUCUGCGGAAACGGAAAGGGAGUUGCAGCGAUCGGCAGGGGGAAAGACAAGGAGGUUGCUGUCGCUGUUGAAAAGGCGGUUUGGGAUGCCCACAAGAAGAAGAACAUUCAUUACUUUGAGACCUACGAUAAUCGCACAAUGUUCCACAGUGUCGUGACCAAGUACAAGAAGACUAAGAUCAUUGCGAUGCCGGCGAGGGCUGGAACAGGCUUGCAAUGCAGUUUGAACGUUGCGAGGAUGUGCCAGGCCAUUGGCAUCAAAGAUAUCAAGGUCAAGAUCCAUGGCUCGACCAACGCGCACAACGUGACCAGAGGGUUUUGGAAUGCGUUGCUGCAAGUGAUGACGCCAGAGCGAUACAGUGAAAUGACGGGCAGAGUUCUCGUUGACUUUGCGUCGCUGUCAGGAGGCUUCGGUCGAGGGCACACGACUUUGCCGAAGAUUGAUGAGAAGUUAGACAAGAUGCUGUGAAGUGAGAGAUCUUGAACCUUUUCUUUAAGAGAUGAGAUCAUUAAAAACGUGUUCGUACGA